AUGAUGAAAAAUUUAAGAAAUUGUGAAAGAUUUUCAACUCUUGUUUUUGCUGAUCAUUCAAAUGGUAAAUUAUCUAAAUCAACACUUAAAAUCUUAAAUGCAGCAAAACUAUUUAAUUAAUAGAUCUCUUUUUAGUAACUAGUAAUGAUGCUAAUUCUGUGAUUGAUUAAAUUAAAUCUUCAAUUUUCAACAAUAUUGUACAUUAAGUACUAGUAGCAUAACAUGAUUCAUUUAAAGCACCAUAAGUUGAUUUGUUAAGCAAUUUAAUUAAAUAGUAGAUUGAUUAACAUGGAUUUACUAAUUUUGUUACAAGCACAUCUACUUUAGCAAAAGACUUUUACCUAGAAUUUUUAUUAAAUAUGCAUCUCAACCAAUAACUGAUGUUAUAGCCAUAAAUAAUGAUGUAUUUCUAAGACCUGUUUAUGCAGGAAAUGAAAUAGCAUAAGUUAAAUCAAAUGAUAAAGUUAAAUUCAUUUCCUUUAGACCAACAAAUUUUGAAGAAGUAUAUGAUUAUUUUAUAAUUAGAUUCAACAAAUUUGUGAAAAAGUAUCAAAUAUUUUAUAAGUAAAGAUUGAAAAUACUAAAUAAUUAAUUGAACAUAUCUCUGAUGAAUUAGUAUAAAGUGAUAAACAAGAAUUAACUACUGCUAAAUUUGUAUUUUCUUAUAUUGAUAAUAGAUUAUUUCAGGAGGAAGAGAUUUAGGAAGUAAAGAUAAUUUCAAAAUAUUGGAUGAAUUAACAAAUACUUUGGGUAAUACAGCUAUUGGUGCAUCAAGAGCUGCAGUUGAUGCUGGUAUGCUGCAAAUGAUUAAUAAGUUGGACAAACAGGGAAAAUAGUUGCUCCUGAAUUAUACAUUGCUAUAGGUAUUUCAGGAGCAAUUCAGCAUUUAGCUGGAAUGAAAGAUUCCAAAGUGAUUGUAGCUAUUAAUAAAGGUAUAUUUAAAUUAAUAAAUUUUUAUAGAUC